UUCGAGUACCCUACCCCGAUUUUCUGCCGUAAUUGCUGUCGCAGAAAUCCAUCCUUUCGCUUCAGUAUCAAUUUUGCGUAUCUGAAAACCCCUCUAGGAGGCCGGACCUAAUAAUUUUCCCUCUAGGAGAGGACGAGAAGAGAGGAUGACUCGCGGUAAUCAAAGGGAUCGCGAUCGCGAGAGAUCGCAGGCUCGGAAGACUCAGUCCAAAAAUAAGGACGAUGGCCUUACCCCGGAGCAGCGCCGCGAGAGGGAUAAGAAAGCCCUGGAAGAGAAGAUCUCGAAGAAGGUGGGGCAGGGAGCCACCGGUGAAGGGAGCAAUGCCGCGAAUAACAGCAAAGGCGCUGGCAAGAAAUAGGUACUCACAGAGUCCGUUUAGAAUAAUUUAUGAAAUAAAUAUUUUUAUUGUGUGAGAAUGUGAAAUCUGAACUUUUGUGGGGUGCUUUAAUUGAUUUGAUCUUGUAAACUGUUACUUUUGUUUGGAUGCUGAAGCAUCUGAACGACUGAUGGAACUUUUUCUUUUAACCGAAUGUUUCAUCUAUGGUUUGACUUAA